AUGUGCCUUACACGCUUAACAACAUAUUUUCGAAGUAUAGAAAAUAAUGAAAUUAUCGACCUCGUAGAUUUAGAAAUUCGAUUAUCUAAAGCCGAAGAGCUUUUAGAUGUUUUUAAUGAGGUUCAGCUGCUUAUUGAAACUGAUGAUCCUGACUGCGAGGAAAAUUAUGACACAAUACAUGCCAUUGAAAGGCAGACUUUUGAGGACAGAUAUUUUAAAAUAAUAUCUGAUAUCAAAAAACUUAUUUUAUCUAGACGACCUACUGAAACGUCUGAUUCACGUAGUGUCAAUGGUUCAACAGCAGCUGGGCCUACAAAUAAAAGCAAUAUUAAGUUACCUCCAUUGAAUCUAGCUACAUUUGAUGGAUCAUUUGAUCAAUUUCUCUUCUUUCGCGACAGUUUCAAUUCUAUUAUUAAUGAUGAUACUUCACUUUCUAAUGUACAAAAGUUUCAUUACUUACGUCUGUCAUUACGACGUGGCAUAGCUGCCGACAUUGCUUGGAGUUUAUUGAUCAAUGUUAAACACAUUAAAGCUCUAUUUAACCUACCACUAGUCACAAAAGAAUCAACUCAGGGUCUCAGACAACUUCUAGACAAUACACAAAAACAUUUACGUGCUUUAGAAGUUUUGAAACGUCCCACUAAACACUGGGAUGAUUUGAUUAUUUAUUUGUUAACAACAAAAUUUGAUAACUCAACAAGACGCUCUUGGGAGUCACAAAAUUGUAAAGACAACCUACCAGUUUUAGAUGAUUUAUUGAAAUUUUUAAAAGAACGAUGUCGUAUCUUAGAGUCAUUAGACAACUACAAUGAUAAUAAACAGGAUCAAAAUCCACCACUUUACACAAGUAAUAAGUCUGAAACAAGAGCCUUUGUUUCUAGCACAGAGGAUACGUUUAAAUGCAUCUUUUGUCAUAAGGAACAUAAAAUAUAUUAUUGUCCUGACUUCUUAAAACUAAAUUCUACUAAUAGGUUAAACAAUGCAAAACGUCUACGUUUAUGCAUUAAUUGUCGUGGCACAUGCCAUCCUACUAAGGAUUGUCGUUCUACUGGUUGUAGAAAAUGUGGAAAGAUCAAUCACACUAUGUUACACUUCGAGAAUUCACAAUCUUCAAAUUCAGUUUCCACAGAAAACAAUUCUUCUCAAUCUUCAUUAUCUUCCAAUGUUCCAAACACUGGGCUGCAGUCUAAUGAAUCUACUUCUACCUCUAACCUCUCUUCAACACAUAUAAGCUCAAGUGUUCACACUGCUAUUAAACCGUAUAUUCUACUCUCAACUGCUGUUGUUAACGUUUUUGACAAGUUCGGCAACUCACAUAAAUGCAGAGUACUCUUAGACAACAGAAGUCAAUCCAACUUUAUAUCUGAGAAAUUUUGUGAUAUUUUAUAA